AUGCUUCAACACACCACUUUUUGGAAGCCCACUCAACAUCAAUUGGCAGCAGAUGAAGUACACAUACGAGUCCAGAAGUCGAACACUGCCAGCACCAUCACGAACAACGACUUCCGAAUCUACAAGUUCUGCGGGUUGGUCCAGGACACUUCGAAGGCCUCCUACCAGCACACGAAGCUGGGGCUCGACGAGGCGCCUGACUUGCUGGUGUGCCUCCGCAACUUCAAGGACUUCAAAGAGACCGUCCUGAAGAGCCUCGUCGACGCCAUCGAGCCAGUGUUGAUUUUCUCGGUCCCCGACGCACCUUCGAAAGAGAUGGAGCGGAGGAUGUGCGGGGGGAUGUCGAAGCUUGUCUCGGAUGCCAUCGUCCAGGGGAUUCUGGACCAUGGGUCCAGGUCGUACGGCGAGUCGGGGUGCUCGGCGUGGGUCGAGAGCUUCUCGGGGAGGGCCGUGAAGCCCCAGCACGUCACGAGAUUCUCGGAGUACAGCCCGACGUGCGAGAUCAGCCAGGUGGAGGUAAAGGUCAUCGCGAGGUGUAACCGACACGGAGAUGAAGACGGCCGUCUCAAGGAUCAUCAACUUGACGUCGCCUAUCACCAGGAUGUCGUCCUACGUCUAGAAGCACUUCACGUCGGAGGCCAGGUACACCGAUCACGACGUGGUGGACGUCAGAGACCUGGCCAUUUGCAAGAGCAUCUUCACCCACAAUUCGGACGAUAUGAAGGUCUAUAUCUUCUGCUACAGGACGGCUACGUCACCUGCUUCGCCGGUAGCCACCUUUACGUCAUCAACUACAGCGUGAACCAGGGAUGCUCAAACUUUGAGAGCUACAACAAGCGGCCGGACACUGUGGUGGCGGAGGUGAUGAUCAAUAGCGACUUGAUAGUCAUCGAAAACCUCUCCUCAUGCGGGACCGUUUGA